AUGGCGACGACGACGCAGAAGUCGGCGAUCCAGAUGCUGAACAGCAUCGUGCAGCUCCACCUGGAGAAGAUAAUGGAAAUGAAGCGGGAGAUAGACGCGCAGAAGAAGGAGCUGUGGCGUCUCUUCCAGCUCUUCUUCCUCCUCCUGGCGGUGGUUCUGGCGGCAGAGUUGGGGGCGCCACCAUCGCGCCUCCGGUUCCGGCACUCGUGGGUUCCAAUCGGCUUCCUCUCUCUCGCCCACUUCUCCUUAUAUGUGGCAGUCGCCCAGACCCUGCGUUGCGCCAGCGGGUUCAAGUACCAGCGCCGCUGCCACAAGCUCACCCUCGCACUCACCACCAACCGCUUCAAGCUCGUGAAGAUGCGGUUCUCCUCCGCCGCCGUGGCCGGGGCAGAACCGCCGCCUGUGCGGCCCGGAGACUUGGAGAUUCGCUAG